CAAACGGAAGAAGAAAGAGAGAAGGCAGCCCCUUGGGACCCGGUGUGCACUGAGGCCAGGACUUGGGGUGGGGUCCGGAGGCCCCAUGUUCCUGCCCCCCGGGGGACUUCUUCAGUCGGCCUGGCUCUCCUUACUCCUGUCCGCAUCGGCGACGUUGCUGUCUGCUCGGGAGAAGUGUCCGCGGGAAGGCCAGGCCAGGCUGUCACCGAGGCGCUGCUGCGCGCUGGGCUUGCGUCCACCUUUGCUUUGUGGAGAGGCGCCCUUGGGUCUGGGCCCCUUUGGAAGCGGUGAUGCUGUGUGUGCUUCAGCAGGGAGCGACGUGAUCGCCUUGCUCUGCCUACCGCCCCGGAGGGGACAGCCCAGGGUGGCCUGUAGUUUUACGGCCAGGGAACCCUUACUUUGUCCUCCCUCCCUGGGGCGGCUCAUGGGGGUGGUUUCCUGUUGCGGGGUUCUGUCCGAGCUCCCUAGUUGUCCCCUUGCUUGUCUCCCAGCCAGCAUGGCCAUUCCAGGGAGGUAGGUCCUGGUACCUGGGAUGGAAGGGGCUUGUGGGGGGUCCCGAAACACUUAUGCUCUGGCAGCCCUUUCUCCCUGCUGAACUGUGCUGGCUGGUGCUGGGGACGAGGGACAAACCGGGAGGGAAGGGUCGGAGGCAGGAGAGCCACUCUGCCUGCUUCUACGUGGCGGAGGGUUGUGUACCGCCGCCUGAGAGGGGACACGUAUUUGCAGGGGUCUGAGUGUGGGAGUUGCCCCCACCCAUUUCAGUAGCGCUCCCAUCACCAUGUGCAGUUCCCGUGGACUGUGGGGGUACUGGGCACUUUUUGCACAUGUCCCCUGUAAGCCUCACAGACCCUGCCGGGCGGGGUCAGCGGUGUUUGCACCCCUCAAAGUAGGGCUGGAGGCAGGUUGCACUUCUGGCUGUGGUGGAGGGACUCCCUGUGGCCUGUAGUGACCACCGGCACUCAGCGAGCAUAUGCUGGGGCCAGGCACCGAGCUCAGAGCUCUAAGUAUGUCUGUUGGGUCCCCUGGCAGUGCCAAGCGGGCUCCUGGGCUGGGCUGGUGUGCGGCAAAACCCAGGAGGCCCGUCGGUCCACCUGGCUCAGGCUCGGGGCUUCUGCUGGGCCUGGGGGCUGCAGCCCUGCGCCUGGGUGCUUACCCCACAGUGGUGACACUUUCUGUGUUUGUGGCUGGAGCUGGCUUCCCUGCUCAGCGCAGGUGUGAAGCGGUGGUCGGAAGAGGGAGGGAGGCCGAGGCCCAGGCCAAACGUCCCUGCAGUGAGCUGUGCCCAUCAGGCCUCGUGCCUGGAGGAGCCUUCACUUUGGCCAGUAGCCUUGGGCUCUCCUGUGGGCCUCGCGUCCCUACAGGUCAUUUUCAGCCCCUGGCUGUAUGCUGGCUCCCUGGGUCACCCAGCAGCAGCACUAGGUGCUGGGCACCCACCCACCUGACACCUGGGGGCUGACAGUGCCCCGGGAGGUGGCAGGAACACAGCACAUCCCUCUGCUGGCGCUUCCAGGGUCCCUGGUGCGGGGAGCCGCCACAGCGGUCAGAGCAGGGCUGCGCGGUGCUCAGCGCUUGUCCUGCGCCUGCCCCAGCACGCUCUGUGUUCUCAAAGAGCCCCGUGGGGACCCUGGGGACCGGAUCCAGUGGCUGACGAGGGGCAGAGCUGGGAUAGGGACCAGGAGGGUGGCCCCAGCAUCUUCCCCGUAGCCCUGAGUUACCUGGGGUCCAGGAAGAGGGGUCCAGGGGGUUCCAGAAGGCCCUGGCAGGUGGUGGUGUUGGAGCAGAAAGGCCUGGAGGUGGCGAGGGUGCGAGCCUGUUUCUCCAGCAAGGGCUGGCGUGGGCCGGUACGGCUGCAGCCAGGACGGGGAGACGGCUCGGUGGUCACACUGGGCCCUGCAGGCCGGAGUGGGGAAGGUGCUUUGAUGCUGAACGCUGGAGCCCUGGAGCGUCUUGAGUGGGUGCUGCCUGGUCGGGCCUGGAAAUGGGAUGUCACGACUCUGGGGGGAGCACAGAGGAAGCGAGGGCCUCCCCGAGCCGCUGCUGUGACGGCCAGUGAGCGAGCCACCGGAGGAUGUCCACCACGACGACGGUCACCCCCACGGGGAUCCCGGUGGCCCCGGGCCCCGUGAACCCGCCCCCGCCAGAGGUCUCUAAUCCCUCCAAGCCCGGCCGCAAGACCAACCAGCUGCAGUACAUGCAGAAUGUGGUGGUGAAGACGCUCUGGAAACACCAGUUCGCCUGGCCCUUCUACCAGCCCGUGGACGCCAUCAAGCUGAACCUGCCCGAUUAUCAUAAAAUUAUAAAAAACCCUAUGGAUAUGGGAACGAUUAAGAAGAGACUAGAAAAUAAUUAUUAUUGGAGUGCAAGUGAAUGUAUGCAGGACUUCAACACCAUGUUUACAAAUUGUUAUAUUUAUAACAAGCCCACAGAUGACAUAGUGCUAAUGGCCCAAGCCUUAGAGAAAAUUUUUCUGCAGAAAGUGGCCCAGAUGCCCCAGGAGGAAGUUGAAUUAUUACCCCCUGCUCCGAAGGGCAAAGGCCGGAAACCGGCUACAGGAGCCCAGAGUGCAGGUACGCAGCAAGUGGCGGCUGUGUCCUCUGUCUCCCCAGCGACCCCCUUUCAGAACGUCCCCCCGACUGUCUCCCAGACGCCCGUCAUUGCUGCCACCCCUGUGCCAACUAUCACUGCAAACGUCACAUCAGUCCCUGUCCCCCCGGCUGCUGCCCCACCUCCUCCUGCGACACCCAUCAUCCCCGUGGUCCCUCCCACGCCGCCCGUCGUCAAGAAAAAGGGCGUGAAGCGGAAAGCAGACACGACGACGCCCACGACGUCCGCCAUCACCGCGAGCCGCAGCGAGUCGCCCCCGCCCCUGUCGGACCCCAAGCAGGCCAAGGUGGUAGCGCGGCGGGAGAGCGGCGGCCGCCCCAUCAAACCACCUAAGAAGGACCUGGAGGACGGCGAGGUGCCCCAGCACGCGGGCAAGAAGGGCAAGCUGUCGGAGCACCUGCGGCACUGCGAGAGCAUCCUCAAGGAGAUGCUGUCCAAGAAGCACGCGGCCUACGCUUGGCCCUUCUACAAGCCCGUGGACGCCGAGGCCCUGGAACUGCACGACUACCACGACAUCAUCAAGCACCCGAUGGACCUCAGCACCGUCAAGAAGAAGAUGGACAGCCGCGAGUACCCAGAUGCGCAGGGCUUCGCCGCCGACAUCCGGCUAAUGUUUUCCAACUGUUACAAGUACAACCCGCCGGACCACGAGGUGGUGGCCAUGGCCAGGAAGCUGCAGGACGUGUUUGAAAUGCGGUUUGCCAAGAUGCCAGAUGAGCCGGCCGAGGCGCCCGCACUGCCCGCCCCCACAGCCCCGGUGGUGAGCAAGGGCACCGAGAGCAGCCGCAGCAGCCAGGAGAGCUCCUCGGAGUCGGGCAGCUCGGACUCGGAGGAGGAGCGGGCCACCAGGCUGGCGGAGCUGCAAGAGCAGCUGAAGGCCGUGCACGAGCAGCUGGCCGCCCUGUCUCAGGCCCCAGUGAACAAGCCAAAGAGGAAGAAAGAGAAGAAGGAGAAGGAGAAGAAGAAGAAGGACAAGGACAAGGACAAGGAGAGGCACAAGGCCAAGGCCGAGGAGGAGAAGCGGGCCAAGGUGGCCCCGCCCGCCAAGCAGGCCCCGCAGAAGAAGGCCCCCACCAAGAAGGCCAACAGCACGACCGUGGCCAGCAGACAGCCGAAGAAGGGUGGGAAGCAGGCGUCAGCCUCCUACGACUCGGAGGAGGAGGAGGAGGGGCUGCCCAUGAGCUACGACGAGAAGCGCCAGCUGAGCCUGGACAUCAACCGGCUGCCUGGGGAGAAGCUGGGCCGCGUGGUGCACAUCAUCCAGUCCCGCGAGCCCUCGCUCAGGGACUCCAACCCCGACGAGAUCGAGAUUGACUUUGAGACUCUGAAACCCACCACGUUGCGGGAACUAGAGAGAUACGUCAAGUCUUGUUUACAGAAAAAACAGAGGAAGCCGUUCUCAACAAGCGGGAAGAAGCAGGCGGCCAAGUCGAAGGAGGAAUUAGCUCAGGAAAAGAAGAAGGAGCUGGAGAAGCGGCUGCAGGACGUCAGCGGGCAGCUGAGCAGCAACAAGAAGCCUGCCAAGAAAGACAAAGCGGGCUCGGCGCCCUCGGGAGGGCCUUCCCGGCUCAGCAGCAGCAGCUCGUCCGAGUCGGGGAGCACCAGCUCCAGUGGAUCCAGCUCCGACAGCAGCGACUCGGAAUAGCCUCGCACUUGCCCGAACAGAAGCCCUCCGGUGGCCACCGCACAUGCCGACCUCUGCACUGUUCCCUCCUAUGGUUAAUAUACGACUUCUGUUCUACGAUGUGCAGGUUUCUUUCAUCCAGUGUUACGGUGUCUUCCCGUUUUUGCUUUACUAGGUCACAGGCCUUUUUUGUGUGUACACUAGACUUUAUGGGGACGUAUGAGUUCGCAUAAAGUCUUUUCUUCAUAACCGAAUGCAGUCGCUUGGAGAUGACAACUUCAGAUGCUAACCUGGUAACCGUAGAAAAACACGUGAGACGUGGUCCGAAGGUUCCUGCGAAACCCCUUGCGUGUGCCCGACCUGCUCUGUAGCUCCAGAGGAAUGUUUUCAAAGGAAAUGUCUCUAAGAUGGUACUGUAUUUGGAAGCUGUUGGCUUUGCAAAUAGGUGUCGUCUUUGUCACUUGGGCCCUGAGUUCUGACCGUCAUGUCUGAGGGCCAGCCUGUCUCUGCAGGGUCUGAGGAUGGACGCGCUUGCUGUGAGAACCAGCGCUGGACUGAGCGAGCGGGGCCAUCGGAGCCCCAGGCAGAGCUUUCGCGGGUUGGGUGGUGGGCAGGCGAGGGUGGGCGUGCGUGGAAGGGAGAAGUUGAGUUUUUCUGAUCUUUGUGACGUCAGGAGCCCCGGGAGGGAACGCAGUGGCGGCAUGUGCCGCGUGCAGGUUUCCGUACACUGAAACUUUUACCUCAAGUUAAAAAAAAAAAAAAAAAAAAAGAUAAAAAAAACACAAAAGGAGACUUUUUUGUAAGGUUCAGCAAUUUUCUACGAAAGUCCAGCCCAAUGUGUGUCCCCAACUCGUUAGCGUAGCCACACGCUCUGGAACCAUUUUCCCAAGUUCAUGUAUAUAUGAAUACUUUAUUUAUUAACAUCAUUGGUCGUUUUUUUUUUAAAAAAAAGAAAACAAAACUGCAAAAGACAUGCAUAAAAAAAAAAAUAGCAGAGAUGCAGGCCUUUUCAGUGGUUUGGAGGAGAGCCCAGGUCCUGCGGGGACGAUGGGCCUGCCCCUCCAGGUGCUAGCUCCCGUCACCGUCACUGUCACCGGCGCUCGGUCAUGUCUGUGUGCGCCCGCCCUUCUGGGUUUCUUGGGGUUUUUGUUUUUGUUCUUUUGUGUGUGUGUAUGAAGUUUGGAGACUUACAGGUAUAGACAACUUCCAGCUGCAGCACAUCCCAAUUUUUUAUUUUGUUUGUUUAGUUCUUUUGUAUUCUCUUGUGGUCUCUUUGGGACUGUUUUAAAAGAAAUCAAUUUAGGGAACCCCAGUUAUAUAAUAUAAGCUUUGUAAUCUGAGAGGAAAAAAUGUAUAGUAAAUCUAAGUCUUGAUUUUUAACUUUCUAUUGUAAAAAAAAUAAUAAUAAUAUACAGAAUUUAACGGAAAGUUAUGUUUUGGUUUUGUUUUUUCCAGAGGCUGCCAUAUGGCCUUUGAGUGCAGGGAUGUCCCCACACUGCCUGCCUAGGUUCUGAGCAUUGUGGCCUUGGCCAAGAAUGCAAGGGUCGGUCCCCCCAGCCCCCGACGGGGCGCCUCCUCACCUCCCGGCCCCCAGGGGACGGGCUGCAGGCCUGCUGCCCCUCGGUCCUCCAGCCGGCAGCAGUGGCCUGGCUAGGCCCUUCCUGAGCUGUCGCCUCUCUCCAGGGGUGGAAGAGGCUCUGGCCCCAGGAGGGUCCCCUCCCCGAAGACUACACAGGGCCCCCUGCACAAGCGUUUUCCAUUU